AAAAUUUUUUAACUUUUUUAGGCCAAGAGCCAUUAUUGUCGUCAGAACUACAUAUUCCAGCACGGAUUUCGACUCCAAAUGUCAAAAAAAAAUCGAGGAAAGGCCGAUCAGAAUACCAUCAUUAUGAAGAGCCAAACCAACUCAAACAGCUGGACAUCAAUAUUACCACCAAGCGGAGGAUGAGAAACACCAGCUCCAAGCAGAAGUACCCACGAAAGAACUUUCCAAUGAUAAUACCAUCCUCGAGGCGAAUUUAGAUGAGGAAAAAUACCCACGAGCAGACCAAAUAUUCACCGACGAAAUGCUAGAGAGACGCGGCACACGCAGAAAUCGAAGUUGCUCGACACAACGUGAUGGCAACCUUAUCGAUUGAUAAAGGAACCAACCAGCUGGAAGGAACCUCCAAACUGCCAGAAAUACCCGCCGAACACUACCUAAAAGCUCUGAAGUUGAGCUCCGUCAAGGACAUCCAAGUUGAUCAAUCUUCACCAAUCAAAUCAGACGGCCAUUCUGCCGAGAACUCCGAUGAGCAGGACUCAAACCUCGAGACUACUCCAGGAAAGACACCAGCUUCGGAGAAAUUGCCUCCAAGAGCCGUCAAAACCCCCAAGAAUACCAACGGGAAAUUAGAAGAUCAUCCGCUAGAGGACAACUUGCUCGAGAUUACCAACUUUAUGAAAGAGACGAAUAAAGAAGUCGGAAAAUCCAAACGCAAAUCAACACGACCCGUCGACAUUAGUACCAACUCUCAGCCAUCGUACCACGAAUUGAAGCUGCACUCCAGCAAAACUCGAGUUACCAGGAGAGAGACCAACAGGAAACCGACGGGAAAGACCGAAAAAUUACGAACCCACCGACUAAUGCAAUAGGAAUUACCAACGAAGAUAUCGAGAACUCAUUCGCUUCUGGAGAUCAACUGGCUCAUCAAUCCCUCAUCAUGGAGAGAAAAGCCCAACCAUCACACAGAAGUCCGCGAGCAUGCUUCUAAAGAGCACGAAACCGACCGAAAAGGCCAAUCCUAAGCACCCCCAAGC